UGCUCUGCACGGUGUUGUAGCCGAAAAGUUUGCCGCCUCCAAUGAGUUGCUGUCAACGCUGCCCGUACCGGUUAUCCUGCCCUCACAAUCUGAAGGGAGCGUAUACGAAUUUCAACGCGAUGUGCUGGAGCAUAGCAUGUGGAACGGAGUUGAAAACCUGCCUGUGGUCGUUGUAUCGAUCGCCGGUGUAUUCCGCUGUGGAAAGUCUUUCCUGCUUGGCUAUUUCAUCAGGUACCUGGAACACCUCGAGGGUCAUCGGAGUUCUGAAGGUUGGAUGGAUGAUGCUACUACUCCACUUACGGGGUUUUCUUGGAGAAAGGGACGGAAAAGGAUCACCACUGGAAUACAGCUGUGGGGAAAAAUUUUCAAAAUAGACACGCCCAGAUGGGGGAGAGUUGCAGUCGUCCUUGCAGUUGCAGUGCCUCCUUGUGCCUCCAGUGCGUCCUUGAGUUGCAGUGCCUGUCGUCCUGAACGGGUUUUCCAUAUUGCUAAAUGUACGGAAAGAGCAGGGGAUGACGCGUUAGAAUUCAUCGUAGUGUCCCAACUAGAGCCCUGCACCAUCCGCGAACGGAAGCGUAUAUCCGCGGAUAUCCGCAACAUACUUGUGAAUCCGGAUGAAAAUGUAGCCCUUUCUGCGGUGUGCGGAUCGGAUGCGGGUGGCUCGAGGUCGGAUGCGGAUCGGAUGCGGAUGCGAAAGCAGAGGAUCGGCAGCGGUUUGGAUGCGGACAUACCGUGUGCAGUAAUUUUUCUACCAGAAAUCUAUUGGUAUUGCGCGCACACAGCGUGCGCAUACACGGGUUCACCCUUGAGGGCCAGUUCUCAUUUGUCGACACCCGACGCGUCGUCGUGCGCGGGCAGAGGAACUCCGCCGCCCAGUCAGCGCACGAUUUCAUGUUCCCACCACAGUGGCGUUCCGUCAUCCAAAGCAGACGAAAAAUCAGAAGGCGUGGCCUUUCUGUGUCAUCUAAUUGGUCGCCAGCUGUCGUUCUCGGCAGCUCUUGCCGAAGUCGUGAAAGAAGGUCGGCAUGGCAGUUUUUUUGGCUCGACUCUCCUCUCUCGACUCCGGAAAAACGCGUUUACUUCGGCCACCCGCUCACAACGCCGUGUCGGGCGUCGCCAAGUGAGAAGUGGCCGUGACCGUGCACGGCCAAGACGCGAGAGGAGGAAUUCUGGCGUCGCCAACUACGCGAGCACCGGCGAGGUGGCGUUCCACGUGCUCCAAAAGUCUCUUCAUAUCGCGUUUGUUGAACGGUUGUUGAAAUGCUCAACUUUGCUUUGCUUACCGUCGUGAGUCCUUCCGCGAGAG